CCACCAGAGCCUCAACAUGAAAGUCCGUCACACUUUGAUCUGCUUCUUCUUCCUCUCUCUGCAGGAUGGAAACACUGGUCUCACCAAUGCCCAGAUCCCAUCUGUCCAUACAGGAACUGAAGGAGGAGAUAUCACAGUUAGAUGCUCCUUUUCUUCACCUGGAAGCUCGAUGUUCUUUUGCAAGAGAGAAUGUAAACCAGAGGACAUCCUCAUUCACACAACUGGUGUCAGAGAUCAGAGAGGCAGAUACAGCAUCACAUAUGAAGGAGGAUAUUCUUUAUAUUCUAAAUAUGUUUUUGUGAGCAUCAUACAGCUGACCAAGUCUGACUCGGGACGGUACAGGUGUGGUUUAGGUGGAUUUAAUAUAGAGUUUGAAAUCAUUGUUGUAGAUGCACUGCUGGAUGGAAGUCCUCCUGAAGAAACAUCCCUCUAUGCAAGAGCUGGAGGAAAUAUUGUAGUUGGAUGCUCCUUUACUUUCUCUGGAAGGGGGAAGUACUUCUGCAAGGAAGAAUGUAAAGAGAAAGACAUUCUUGUUGAAACAACUGGUUACACAGCUGAGAGAGGCAGAUACAGCAUCAGAUAUACACAACGAUCUCUGACAGAUGUAUCUGUGUAUGUGAGCAUCACACAGCUGACCAAGUCUGACUCAGGACGGUACAGGUGUGGUCUGGACAGACGUUUAUCACCAGAUUCCUACUGGGAGUUUGAGAUUAUUGUCACAGAUGACCCAUCAGCCUCCAUACCAACAACACAGAUUUCUCAGACUGACCUGCAUCAGAUUGAGACAGCACCACUUCGAGAUGUGUGGCUGCCUGUCGGUCUGACUCUGGCCAUAAUGGUUAUCCUAUUAUUACUGGCUGUGGUGAUAUACUGCAGGAAGAGGUCUUCUAAACCCAAGGAAGCUCCAGUGGAAACAGAGUACACUUCUGUCACAGAGACCAACCAAGUGUACGAGAACAUCAGAGAGGACAGACACAGCAGAUCUGCUCCUGUGGAAAUCUCUUCAGUUUACACUCUCGCCAAAUAUACCCACCAAAAAACUCCUGAAUCCACUGAUGACUACAGCUCUGUCUCUGAAUCCAGAUUUCAAAAUACAGCUGAAGACUACUCGAGUAAACUCACCUAUUCUGAGGUGAUUUUUUCCAAAAGGACCGUUGGCUCGUCCACCAGAGCCCUCCGUGGUGACGACAAUAAUGUUGUCUACGCUGUUCCUCGGGUAGAGACGAGCUCCGAUACUGAUGAUCAACCUGUUUACUCUGUUACUUAGCUUCACAUUAUUAUAACAUAUUAUAACAUAUUCGUGUUGUGAUUUGCAAAUACGCACAAUUUAAUCUGUACAUACAUCUUUUUAUUUCACAUACAAAGUGUUAUUUAAACAUUUGUGGAUCCAUUUUCACACACAAAACAGUUUUCACACAUUGGUGGAUCUCUUCCAGUCAAUUUGCGGGUCACGUUACAUUUGUGACUUCCUUUUUACGCAUUUGUGGAAUUUUUGUCCAAUCUGUCCUGCCCAGAUCUGUAAGUUUAACAGCAGUUUAAUAGCUACCCUAGCAGGGUACUCACUGAUGCACUGAUCCAGGUCUGGGAGGAGACCAGGACACCACCUGCCAUAUCAUCAGGAGCAUGCUCAGAGAUUGAUGGGAGUGCCAUUCACACUACUGAGACAUUAUGAGUUGAUGAAAGUCAUAUAAGUUGGAUCAGCCUGUGAUAGAUUUUUUUACUUUGAUUUUUAGUUCAUCUUUUUAUAUUAAGUAAGAAGAGCAAGGAAGUUUGUCAUUAAUGCAUGUAUAAUGUAUUAUUUUGGACUGUGACAUACUGGAGACCAUACUGGUAACAAUGACAACGAGUCAUUCAAAAAUGUGCCUCUAACCUCAGACCCUGCAGCAGACAUAAAGAUAAUGGAGAAUCGAGCUGUGUGUGUGUUUGGAGGAAGAACUCCAUCACCUGAAAAAGUUAGAAGUUCCUGGUUUGUCAGUGAAGAAGUCAGAGAGGCAGCAGUAAACCAUCAGAACCUCAACAUGGAUGUCUGGCACACUUUGACGAGUCCUUUAAAAGGUUAAAGAUGAUGCUCAGAGUCAGGAAUGAGUCACUGUACAUUCACAUUUUGGUUUUCAUCUGACACGGUGGUCCAGUGGUUAGCACUGUGGCCUCACAGCAAGAAGGUCGCGGGUUCAUGUCCCGGCCUUUCUCUUUGUGUCUGCGUGGGUUUCCUCUGGGUGCUCCGGUUUCCCCCACCACCAAAAACAUGUUAGUUCUUCAGUCAGUACAAUUGACCGGGCACUGAUAAAAACCUGGAGUUGAUACCCGGGCGCUGCACAGCGGCUGCUCACUGCUCCCUUGAGUGCGGAGAACGAAUUUUGCAAUGUGUAUGUGACAAUAAAAGUAUCUUCUUCUUCUAUCUCUUUAAUAAAGCCAGUAUAGACAGAAAAAAACACUACAGAGAAAAAAAAUUGUUCAUUGUACAAAAACUUGUGAGUAGGACAGACUUGAAAAAAUGCUAACUUAUCCUUUAAAAUAUUCAUUACAAGUUACUUCAGUAAAAAAAAAAAUUGAGGAAGGAAAAUGAAGGACAUGAACUUACCCAACUAUCUUUCAUUUAAACAAUGUCACACCUUUUUUUCUUACGUUUGGUUUUAAGACUGCAGUUAUUAUGGUUAUAGAUUAAAAAAUAAUUUUUUUCAUUUAAAUAAAAUGUCAGAAAAUAGUGAAAAUUGUCUUUAACAUUUCAAACAGCCCAAGGUCAUCUGUUUUUUUGAUAGUUCCAUCACUUUCGGGGAUAUAUUUCAUAUUUUAGUCGCACUCACUGGAACAUUCCUAUUGUAGUUAACAAGUUGGAGAUAAUGUGGCUAAUGUGAAUAUCUGUGAGUGAGGAUGACUGUUGUGCAGCUGAAACAAAUAAAUGUCGUUUAAAAGUGA